GUUGAGUACCAGGGGACGACAUCGCCGGCAAAUCUUCUCGACUGACGUGUUGACGUGAUGACUGAUUGGCGACGGUGCGCUUGUUUAUACAAAUUAACCGCAGGAGAUCAAUAAAUAUGGUUCCGGUUCGAAUUACGGUUCGGUUUGCUCCGUUGUAGUGUGGGUUUACGACGUUGAUGCGCUUGGCUGCAAAUGGAAAUUAGUACGAAUUAGGAUGAUUGGUUUCCGUGCUCACAUCACAUCAACAUGCAGUAGGCGCUGGAGUUGGACGAAAUGUCACACAAGAUGGAUGAAACCGGUCUAACCGGCAAACAGAAAAUCACUCUCCUUUCGAUGUGGGGACUGCUCAAACAGGAUCUCGAUGUUCAUGGACGGAACGUGUUGCUUACCUUGUUCAAGGAGCAUCCGGAAUUUUUGACAUAUUUUGAUUUCAGUGCCGAUAGAAGCAGCAGCAAUCUGGCGGAUAAUCAGGCGCUCUUUUCCCAUUCGCUCAAUAUGAUCAACGGGUUCGGGGCGCUCAUUGAAUUCGGCCUUAACAGUCCAAAGAUGUUUCAGUGUUCGUUGACGAAACUGGCCCGGAAUCACAAGUGGCGGAUGGUGUCCGGAGCGGAUGUGCGACUGUUCGGGAACGUUAUGUUGGACUACUACAUGGAAGUUCUGGACCGACAGGCAGCCAACGAUUUGCCGGAUGCGUUCGGGAGACUGAUGAACAUCAUUGCCGAUGCUUUUGACGAGUAUCCGAGUCCACGGGCUAGUAUUUAGGGAUCAGUUCAUUGUUUUAUGCUAUGUCAUAUUGUUGAGAUUGAAGAA